GUAUUCUCUCGUCUUCUCUUCUCCCAAAGAUCACUCGCUCUCCACCUCUCUCAUCUCUUCUCUCUUCUCUUUGCAAAAUCUGAGGGUUUUUUUAACCCAGAGCUAGAAAGUACCUCUAGAAUUAACUGGUCUUCUAUUAUGCGAAGCAUUUUUGGCCGACAACACAGAAAUUAUGCUAAUGCCAAUAUUCUUUCUAACAAUAAAAAUGGUAAUUUAAGGUCUCCGAUAGUUAGCCGGAGCUCGACUUUACUGAUACUGAGCGGAGACGGCGACAGCGACAGCGACGGUGACGUUUAUGGUAAUGAUAGGCCUGUUGGACGGACGUACUCAUAUAUUAAGCUGCCACAGCAACUCCUUAAGCUCUCUAUACUCAAGCUCGACGGCUCUUCUUUCGAUGUUCACGUUGGGAAAAAUGCUACGGUCGCAGAACUCAAACAAGCGGUGGAGGAAGUUUUUUCUUCGUCACCGAAGGAAGGUCAGGGCAAGAUUUCAUGGUCGCAUGUAUGGGGACACUUUUGCUUGAGCUACGGGGAUCAGAAGCUAAUUAAUGACAAGGCUUAUAUUCGAACUUUUGGGAUCAAGGAUGAUGAUCAGCUUCAAUUUGUUAGGCAUAUGUCCAUCAACUAUUCAAAUUCAAAAAGACAUUUUAGGAAUCAAAAUGCCUCUCGCAAACCAUGCUUAACGCCGCGGAACCGAGAUGAAGAGAAAGAACAGAAGACUACUGCAGGUCAUAGUGAAAACAAUGAAAACCAAGGUCACUAUUCCAAGUACCCCUGUGAAGAUCAUGAUGAUAAUCCUGUGUCAGAGUUCAAAUUAGCUCACUUUUUGAGAGGGUGGCUAUCAUACUCUAGAUUACGGGGUGCAUCAAGAAAAGGAUCACGAGGCCAAAGUCGACCGUCCAGGUUUUCCUUUCAGUGCUUGGGAGGUGGACCUAGGAUGAUAGAACUACAAGGGUAACACUUGCCAGCCAAAGCUGCAAUCAUGCCCUUGUAGUAACAUUUAUAAGCUUUAAUAAUAGAAUUUAGAAAUGAUUAGGCAGAACCCCUUGGAUGAAAGUUUUGUUUGGUUGGAUUACUUGUAUUAGAUAAAUCCUUGAAGUUUUUUUUACUGUCUGUUUUGAAAUUAAAAAUUUAUAUGAAUUCAAUUUAAUUGAUUUUUUUAUUAA